CGCUGUUAUGCCCGGGAGGCCGAAUUUGGGGUUCGGGGCUCUCCCUCACUCCUGUCCCCCGGGCUCGGGGCAGCUUGCGGGUUCUCCCCUCGCGGAUGGACCCUUAGUGUUUGCUGAGGGGGAGGGGCGGUGUGGCCUUCGGUUCCUCCCGAGAACAAGCCCGUUGCAGGAUUUCUCCAGUCGCUGAUGGAAGGGGGUGAGGUGACGGCCCGCUGGCGGGUGCGCGGAACUGUUGCCGCCUCCUAGUCCCAGGGUGUUUACGGGCUAGUAAAAAUGGUUGCGUUGCUUCUUUUUGCCGGCCUCACCCGCCACUCGGACCCUGCUUGGGCGCUGGCAGCUGUUGACUAGGGUUUCCCGGGGAACUGGCCGGAGACUGGACGGCAGCGAGGGGGAGGGGAUCAGGGGGUGCGGCCGGCCAGUGUCUGCUGCCGUCCAGCCCAGGAGGGCGUGGGGACCCGGGGGGCGGUGAAAUAGCCGUUGUAGAUCCUCCUCUUUCAUUGAUGAAAUUUAAGUUCGUGUGUUUUUACCUUUUCCGGGAGUCUCCAGUUGGCCCUGGUUUGUGUCAGGAGCGCAGUGUAGACAGGAGUUCCAAGCCGUCUCAGUCACACUAAGUUCCUGUCUUCUUGGAAGUGGAGGAGGUUUUCCUGUUUGUUUGUUUUGGGGUUUUUUUUUUUUUUUGAGGCAGUUUUAAUCGCUUUGAAUAAAUACUCUCUGAAGUGACUAAACAUAGGAAGGGGAGAGGGAACACGUCGGUUAAAGCAGGGGAGGAAGAGAGAGACCUGCCCUAUAGCGUGGCUCCUCUAGAAAUUAAUAUAUAUACAUCAGAGUAUUUUAAUAAAUCCCUAAAAUGUCGAGAUAUGUACAAGAUCUUAGCAAAGCCAUGUCUCAAGAUGGCGCGUCUCAGUUUCAAGAAGUCAUUCGACAAGAACUAGAAUUAUCUGUGAAGAAGGAACUAGAAAAAAUACUUACCACAGCACCAUCACAUGAGUUUGAGCACACUAAAAAAGACCUUGAUGGAUUUCGGAAGCUAUUUCAUAGAUUUCUGCAAGAAAAGGGGCCUUCUGUAGAUUGGGGAAAAAUCCAGAGACCUCCAGAAGAUUUGGACCCUGAGAUCAUGACCAGAGCCAAAGGCAGAUGCUUAACUGACUGAGCCACCCAGGAGCCCCAUCACUACCUCAUAACAUAACAUCCCUGGAUAUGAGGUAAUUCUUUUGCAAAGUACCAAACACACAGUAAGAGCUUUAUUUAUGUUCUUUUCUUCCUUCCUUCUCCCAAACCAUCUGAUUUCUCAUAGCCUUUAGUGUCUUAUACAGAUGCUAAGUCACCUACCUAAAGCUCUCCUCAUGCUUUCAAACCAUCUUUAUAGCUAUAUUUUCCCUGCCUGCUUUUCACACGUUGUAUUUCCCUGCUUCUAGACCUCUGUGUAUGUCAUUUCCUUGGAAUACUUUGGUCUCUUCACCUAUCAAAAUCCUGCUCAUUCUUUGAGGCUCAGUCCAAAUGCCUCCACCUCUGUCAUCGACCUCUAGCCUAAAGCUGUUCUCAAGAAGUGUAGUACAGUAGUAUUAGAGGUACAAAUCCUAGUUUUACUAUUUAUGAGUUUUAUGUAAAAUGAGAAUAAUACCAAGUGACUUAGGUACUUUACAGGGUUGCCAUGAGGCUUUAUUAAAAGGUAUAUGUGGAAACAUGUUAAACCAUGAAGCAUUUUUCAGAUACUAGUGGUUAUUUUGACCAUCAUGUGGCAUUUAGCUGGCUUGAGUAAUAGUUGAUUGUAUGCAUGUGUUGUCUUCUUGCUAGACCUUGAAGCCAGGAACCCUGUGUCCUGAGCAAAUAUUUGCUGAAUGGAUGAUCUAAAUGCAGUUACUGUCUACUGAAUAGGUUUUGUUAACAUAUUGACUUUUCUUCCCUUUCCCAUUUGACGUCUGCUGCUUUGUAGCACUUUUCGUUGCAGGUAGAAGAGAUUUGGUAGAGUGGAGCAAUUGUAUGUAGAUAGUUUAUCUCUUAAAUGUCUACAGUCUUAGGUAAUCUAAUAUUGGUUUUAAAACAAUGCUGUUUAGAGCAGGGGUGUGGCAGAGUACUGCCUGAAGGCUACUCCACUGACUGUGUAAAGUUUUAUUGGAACAUAACUCCACACAUUAAUUCAUAUACCAUUUAUGAUGGCUUAAGCUAAUGGAGUCCCUCAUAUUUUCUCCUGAGGAAAUCUUAAAUACAGUUCCUGGUUAGGAGUACUUUUAUUUCCAGUAUGUGGACAGUGCUUUUCAGUUUUUAAACUUGUUAAAAUUAUGAAUUACAUGCUUUUUGUUAAAAAAAAAAAAAGAAGAAGAAGAAAAGAAGCUAAAAAAAAAAAAAAUCCCACCUAAGCAUUCACCUGGAGGAGUCUCUCAUUUUUUAUGUUGAAGUUAAAAUUCUUCUUGCCUAUAAUGUUUGCAAUUACGGUGUGUGUGUGUGUAAUGUCCACUGUUUUGGUCUUUGAUUUGUUGGCCUUAGUGAAUGAAAUAUGAUUUAUUUUUCUGAUUUUAAGUAUAGAAUGAAUCUCCUGAAAAAGAGUAAUAAGAGAAUUCUUCUGGAUAGUAUAUAGUUUUAAAAAAGGAACUAUUUGUAAAUUGUCAGAUUUUUAAAAAUGUUUGUGAAUUGGCCUAAAAUUAUA